GGCUUGUUAGACUUGCAACAGCCAACGAUGGAACACUGCGGGGCACAUUUGUGAGCUCUUUGGUGGGGUUGAGCUCCAAAGUUCCAAAAAUGUUUUCUCUAGGUUUGAUUCUUGUCUUCCACUGUUGAACACAUUUGUUCAGAAGAAUUCUCUCAUUUAUCUCAUAUCCCCCGAUUCUGAAUUAUAACAUUCAAUUUCCAAUUUCAAACGGGUCGAGUCAAUCAUGUCGAGGAACGGCCAUAACAACGGCUCCCAAGCACCGUAUACAAACUAUGUGGCAUAUAGAUGCUCAAACCAUCUUGGCCAAUCUCGGAUUGGACAUCUUGAACUGGAAAAUUCUACAAUUCAGCCUCUGAGCUUUGCUUCUGGGGCACCUUUGACUACCCUUUACCAGGUUAUCGAAAUUGGUGAUGCCAAUAUCAAACCAGCCGGCGACGUCAUCCAGCUCUCUACUGUUCAACUCCUUCCCCCAAUCAGCGGUCGAGACAUUUUAGCUGUUGGCAAAAAUUAUUUUGAGCAUGCCAUUGAGUUCAACACAUCUGGUUAUGACUCUAGCGACAAGGUUGAUCAGCCUACUCACCCAGUGAUCUUCACCAAGAGAUCCACAAGCAUAAUUGCUCAUGGAGAAUCAAUAUUCCCACAUCCUGGAUUUACCGAAACCCCUGACUAUGAGGGAGAGAUUGGUGUUAUCAUUGGCAAGGGUGGCUUCAAAAUCCAGGAAGCUGAUGCAAUGAAGCAUGUUUGGGGUUUCACUAUCAUCAAUGACAUGACAGCACGCGAGAGGCAAAGAGAUCAUAAACAGUUCUACAUUGGAAAAUCUCCCGACACGUUCUGUCCAAUGGGCCCCAUAGCUGUUCCUGCGAGCAGUCUUCCCAAAACACUACGCGUCCAGACACAUGUCAAUGGACAGAAACGACAAGAUUCCACAACAGAUGAUCUCAUAUUUUCAAUUCCUUUCCUCAUACAGACACUCUCUGCAGGCCAGACCCUGCAACCAGGAGAUGUUCUUGCUACCGGAACACCAGCUGGCGUCGGGUUUGGACAAAAGCCUCCUGUUUGGUUAAAGCCAGGAGAUGUUGUCGAAGUAUCGGUGACUGGGCUAGGGGUUCUGAGAAAUACGAUUUCUGAACCUACCGCUGUCAACCAAAUUAUUGCUCGAGUUGCCAACGCCUCUCAUAUUCCAACCAGCAAUUUGAACAAAACUUGCAACGGUGUAGGGUUAACAGAAGUCAACUCGAAGCAAUUAUACUAUCGGAAAUCUGGUGAUGCAUCGAAGCCUCCAAUCAUCUUCAUUCAUGGACUCGGAGGGUCUUCUGAGUUCUUCAACCCUUUAAUCUCCUCUCUGGACCUCGAUAAUACAAAUUCCCUUCAUUUGCUUGAUCUGGAAGGUCAUGGCCUCUCGCCUACUUCAGCAAAGUCAACAUUAUCCGUUUCAAGUUACGCAGAAGACUUCCACGCGCUCGCGAAGCUGGCCAAAAUUUCUCAAGCAACUAUAAUUGCGCACAGCAUGGGAUGUCUUGUCGCAUUCACACUUGCCACAAAGUACCCAGAGCUGGUUUCGAAGCUGGUAUUGCUGGGACCACCACCUUCCCCUCUACCUGAAGCUGGUCGAGCCGCAUCGACUGCUCGAGCAGCCACUGUGAGGGACUCUGGAAUGGCUGCAGUUGUUGAUGCAGUUGUUACAGCUGGCACUUCGGCGAAGUCCAGGUCUGAUAAUCCAAUCGGUGUUUCGGCUGUGCGUUUGUCUCUUUUGGGACAAGAUCUGGAAGGCUAUGCUAAAGGAUGUACUGCUCUCGCAGGAGCUUCCGAAGCUAUAGCUGUCGGUCAAAUCAAGGCAUCAACCUUGAUUGUUACUGGCGAGGAGGAUAAAGUAUCACCCCCACCACUAUGUGAGAAGUACGAAAAGGAGAUCAAGAAUGCGGUUGUUAAGGUUCUUCCUCAAGUUGGGCACUGGCAUGUAUUUGAAGACUUGAAAGGGGUAUCGGAUGGAGUUAGAUCAUUCCUCUAGCUUUCCACAAUGGCCAGAAGGGGUGCGUCAAUCUCCAUGUGUGAGCUAUCACUAUGUUGAUGUUUAAUGUGAGACGAAUUGCUCAUAAC